UCUGUAGUGCCACAUCAUUUGAUGUCACUGCCGCACCUGCGCAGCCAUCUUGUACUUCUAGCGAGGAGCGGACACAGAAAGAAAUCAAAAGGAUCAAAUAAACCUGUCAAAUCAGAAGAAAAUAGGAAUGUCUUUAAACGUUAUAUAGCCUCAUAACGAUUAGACACCCAAGAAGGACAAGGUUAGGUUAAAAAAAAGACGGUGAAAUAGACAUUCAAGUGCUUCGGAUAUCCAGACCUACAAGUCAUAUUUUGCUUGUGAGUGAGAGGAGGAACAGUCAAAUCGCCGAAAGAAAAACACAUCCCGAACAUCAGUCAAAUCAUGAAUCCAGAAUAUGACUACCUGUUCAAGCUCCUCCUUAUUGGUGACUCCGGUGUGGGAAAGUCCUGUCUUCUGCUCCGCUUUGCUGAUGACACCUACACAGAGAGCUACAUCAGCACCAUCGGUGUAGACUUCAAGAUCCGCACCAUCGAGCUGGACGGCAAGACCAUCAAACUACAGAUUUGGGACACUGCUGGUCAGGAGAGGUUCCGCACCAUCACCUCCAGUUACUACAGGGGCGCCCACGGCAUCAUCGUGGUCUAUGAUGUCACAGAUCAGGAGUCGUACAACAAUGUGAAGCAGUGGCUGCAGGAGAUCGAUCGCUACGCCAGCGAGAACGUCAACAAGCUGCUGGUGGGGAACAAGUGUGACCUCACCACCAAGAAAGUAGUGGACUACACAACAGCCAAGGAAUUUGCUGACUCCCUGGCCAUCCCCUUCCUGGAAACAAGUGCCAAGAACGCCACCAACGUGGAGCAGGCCUUCAUGACCAUGGCUGCUGAGAUCAAGAAGAGGAUGGGCCCCGGGGCCACAGCUGGAGGGGACAAGCCCAACCUGAAGAUCGACAGCACCCCUGUCAGGCAGUCUGGAGGGGGGUGCUGUUAAACUGGACUCUGUUCUGGAUGCUUUCCUCUUCUUCACCCUCCCUGCUCUGGGCUUCACUUCCUCCACCUCUUAAUCCCUCAGCCUCCCUCCCAUCUCCCGUUCUCUUACUCUUGCCGCGGGAUGGGUGGUUGGAUAGGGAGGGGAGGAGUUGAGGGGUGAGAACUGGGGACUGACUUUAAGACCAUAUCUCCCCACAAAAAAGUAAAGAGAAAAGUUAGGUGGGGUUUAGGUUGAGAACUUUUUUUUCUUUUUUUCCAAGCGAUGAGUCAGGAACGUAAACAGAUAUGCGAAAAGAUUGGUAUUGACUUAGAGGAGUACUGGGUGAUAGAAGAUUAGGUUUUAGAUUCCGGCGAGCGCUUAUCUCUCUCCCUCUCCUGUUUACACACACACAUACACACACACACACAUACACACACGCACACACACGCACACACACAGACAGACAGACAACAGGGGGCGGAGUGAUUCUCCCACAGGAAGUCGUCACAGGUGAGGUUCUCUUUCCUUUAGGCUAUGUCUGUCAUUGCUAUCCAAUGGAAGUCCUAUAGCAAAUUCAGUUUAGAGUGCUACAGUAAUCUGUAAUUUAUGUAUUGGACCUGUUUUAUCUCAGACUGCUGGGGUGCCUUGUAGUCAUGACUACGUGUCACCAUCUUAAGUCUGUUUAUAGGUGUCAAGUGAGUGACGUUUUCAAUCUAGCCUACGGUCUACGUUCCACAUGCAAUAGUAACACUAAUGCACUAUUUAUACCCAUGUAUCCAUCCAUCCAUCAUCCAUUGUAUGAACUGAAUUGGCGUUGGGGCAGACUGCACCACUACCAGCGUCCUAACAACUGAGUCAUCCAAUAUAUUAAUCGAUGAGGAUACGGGUAUCUAGGAUACGGGUAUCUUAGAAAUAUAAUGAAUAGACCGGACUCUGAAGGAAGGCAUCAGCAGAGAGGGGAGAGACAUACACUUUGUCUGUGUGGAGAAGAGGGUGCUGGGAAGGAUCGCUCUGACUCCACGUAGAGCCUGAGCUUUAGGUUGAUUCGACACAGAACAGGAGAACUUUUGGUUGAACUUGGAAUCACUCCUUCCCUUCAUCCCUCUACAUGCAGACGGGAGGAUGGAGUGAGAGAGACUCUUGUUUUUUUCGAGUGCUUUAAUAUACUGUAUGGUGUUAGUUAGCUCACAUCACUCCUUGUUAGGAUUUCACAUGUAAAAAAAGACCAAACAAAAAAAACACAGAAAUAUUAGAGAUCUGCUUAAGUCAUGUUUGUAUGUCUUUUAAGUUGUCAGGACUCUAUAUUACAGUAUGCCCAAGGUGGUUCUUCAACAUAAACAGACAGUGUACACACACACACAGAACGGGGCAUGACGUAGUACUAGAUUAGUAUGUCGGGGCUUGGGCAAGCGAUAUUCAACUAAUUAACAGGACAUAUGAAACAAGAAAUUUGCAAUAUUCUCUCUUCAUAUUCAUAGAUUAUUGGUUCAUAUUAUUUUAUUGUUAUUACAAUGAUUUUAUUAUUUGAUAUUUGUAUUUUCUGUAGUUUUUUUCUAAUCGAAAAAGCUUGUAAAAAUUGCUUGAAAUGUUGUCCAACUUUCUUUAUCGGGUGGGUUGGGAUGUUUGGUCGGGUGGGUUGGGAUGUUGUUUGGUCGGGGGGUUGGGAUGUUUGGUCGGGGGAGUUGGGGAGUUGUCUCUGAAAGCUACUGUUCCCUCCUGUGCCUCACUGGACUGAAGGAUACGGACCGCGUGCAUAACCUCUGUAAUAUGUCACCCCACAGGUUCUUUAUGCCUUGGCCAUGGCCCACUUCUCAGACCGUGUUGCCAUCCACCAUUUGUCAUCACGUGUCCCACAGUGCAUUUAUUUUAUGGUUGUCAUGGUUUCAUGUCAGUUAGUGUGGUCAUUAUGAAGCGUAGCCAACUCAUUACCCCUCUCUUUAGAUCAGUGCGUGAAUGGUGUUCUUCAAUCUUCAUCAUUGUCAACUGCUAGCUAGUUCCAGUAGCCUCUAUAUAGCUUAAGACAUGGCGUGUGUUUGGCUGAUCAGAAUGUGUGUUAAUGGGCCUGGCUGUCCUGACUGAGUUCCCCUUCUACAGGAACCUGCCCUGACUGAGUCCCCCUUCUACAGGAACCUGCCCUGCGCCGUUCCCUUCCCAGUCUGUCCUCAUGGUUCUCAUGGCUGUGUGUGAUUUCUCAGGCAUUCCUAUGGAACUAUGGAACCUAGCAGGAAAGUGGAGAAAACCCUCCAACCCCUGACCUUAACCAACCCCUGACCUUAACCAGCGCUAGUUUUGGAUUAAUGUAAUGCACUACAGUACGGCUAAUACUACUAAUAUGGCCUCUAAGCGUUUGUGUUCUUGACAACAGAGAAUAUUGGCCUUUUGUUCGUUAUUACAACCUCAGUUUUCAAUCCAUUUUUCUGUAGAAGUAGUCAUGGUUUACAACGGGACUUUAGGAAAAUGGUUGAAAUUGCAGUGACGUACUGUUAGCCAGGACUGGACCCACAGACUCGUUACAGCACUACAGUGAGCCUGUUGUGGAAUGGACACGUCCAUCUUGUCCUCUUGGUUAGCCCUUGACACGUCCUCUUGGUUAGCCCUUGACACGUCCUCUUGGUUAGCCCUUGACACGUCCUCUUGGUUAGCCCUUGACACGUCCAUCUUGUCCUCUUGGUUAGCCCUUGACACGUCCAUCUUGUCCUCUUGGUUAGCCCUUGACACGUCCUCUUGGUUAGCCCUUGACACGUCCAUCUUGUCCUCUUGGUUAGCCCUUGACACGUCCAUCUUGUCCUCUUGGUUAGCCCUUGACACGUCCUCUUGGUUAGCCCUUGACACGUCCUCUUGGUUAGCCCUUGACACGUCCUCUUGGUUAGCCCUUGACACGUCCUCUUGGUUAGCCCUUGACACGUCCUCUUGGUUAGCCCUUGACACGUCCUCUUGGUUAGCCCUUGACACGUCCUCUUGGUUAGCCCUUGACACGUCCAUCUUGUCCUCUUGGUUAGCCCUUGACACGUCCAUCUUGUCCUCUUGGUUAGCCCUUGACACGUCCUCUUGGUUAGCCCUUGACACGUCCUCUUGGUUAGCCCUUGACACGUCCUCUUGGUUAGCCCUUGACACGUCCUCUUGGUUAGCCCUUGACACGUCCAUCUUGUCCUCUUGGUUAGCCCUUGACACGUCCAUCUUGUCCUCUUGGUUAGCCCUUGACACGUCCUCUUGGUUAGCCCUUGACACGUCCUCUUGGUUAGCCCUUGACACGUCCAUCUUGUCCUCUUGGUUAGCCCUUGACACGUCCAUCUUGUCCUCUUGGUUAGCCCUUGACACGUCCUCUUGGUUAGCCCUUGACACGUCCAUUUUGUCCUCUUGGUUAGCCCUUGACACGUCCAUCUUGUCCUCUUGGUUAGCCCUUGACACGUCCUCUUGGUUAGCCCUUGACACGUCCAUUUUGUCCUCUUGGUUAGCCCUUGACACGUCCAUCUUGUCCUCUUGGUUAGCCCUUGACACGUCCAUCUUGUCCUCUUGGUUAGCCCUUGGUGUUGCCAGUCUGACAUGGUGCAGUAGGCAGUGUAACUGUUCUAACCUUCGACCUGUAUGUCUUUAUUACUAUGAGAAGAGCAGACUAGAAUGGUCGUACUCUUAACGACAACUAUGUAAGCGUGUUGUACGGUCAUGUUAUAUGGUCAUUGAGCCUGGUUCAGUUUGGCGUUGAGCAUUCCAUUGGGUUUGAGCAUGUUAUGUCAUGGUCACGUUACGGU